AUGGACUCGUUCGACAGUCCACUCGUCUCUCCAAGCAAAGCCCGUCAGGCUGCCAUGAAGGCAAAAGAUUGGGCUUACGUGAACUCGUGGCUCAUUCGGCAAUACGCGCCAAAACCAGUACCCCAAUACGAACGCAAUGAAGAUACACUUCGGGUUCUAUUGACUCUUGCUGCUGCCAAUGAUGCUGCCGAUGAGGAGGCAGCUCUGCAACACCGUGCCCGGGAGGAAGCUAUUCAAGCCUUCAAAGCACAGGCAGAGGCAGAACUGAAAGACCCACAUGAACGGCUAAAGAAUGAGAUCUUGGACGAGGUAGAAAUGUGCCUCGACGACAAAGGGCGACGUGAUCUGGAUGAUCUAGCUCAAUCAGCCGCUGUCUUGGGCAGUACUUUGAAUCCAGAGCCCAUGCACUUGAGUCAAUCCAUUGUCGAACUCACUGUUGAGGACUUCGAUGCGCAGAACCAAGUGACCAAAGUGGAGGCCAUACAGUCAUACCUUCAGAAAGAACUAGUCCGAUUACAAGAAUAUCUGGAAUUUUUGAAGUCUCGUGAGGUAUAUGAGACUCCACAAGAUAUCCAAAGUAUGACAGCGGAUUGGAACCGCAACACCAAGAUGCUUUCUAAGAAGGUUGAGGAAUAUCAGGAUCGCAUUGUAUCACUUGAACGGAUACAAACUCAAGGGCCGUCGAUCGAGGAUUUGAAAAGAGAAGAGGAUAUUACACUUCGUCUACGUAAAGAAGUCGAUUCGUUAGGGAGGCGGAUUAAAGCAUUCCGAAACCUGCCUAGUACUAUUCCAGGUGCACGAGCAACAUACAAGGAGCUUGAAGGAGAAUUAGGACGUCUGAAACGUCAACGAGAUAAUAUACUUGGGAGUUGA